AUGGCCGACCUCGACGAGCAUCUCGGCGAUCUGGCUUCCUUCAUCGUCGAUCGCGAGAUUGAGCUUCUCGAAGGUUUGCAGGAGCUCCUGUCGGGCAGUGCACAGAGCCUGCUCCGUGCUGCCGAGGCCAUGAUGCAGCUGGACUGCCUGAUGGCGUUUGCUCGUGCGGCAAGCCUGUAUGACUACUCUCGUCCGCGCAUAGUCGCUGAGCCCAAGCUGGUCCUGCAAGGAUGUCGACACCCGCUCAAAGAGCUCUCGGAUGACAGCUUCGUGCCGAACGACAUCUACCUCUGCAGCGGACACGGCAUCGAUCCUGCCAGCAUCGAUCGACGGGCUUCGACAGUGGGCGAAGAGGGACAGAGUGACGAGGCCAACAGCGUCCUAAUCGUCACUGGAGCCAACUCGUCCGGCAAGAGCUGCCUCCUGCAGCAGGCCGGUCUGGCAGUCUUCAUGGCGCAUUGCGGCAGCUUUGUACCCGCCGACGAGGCCGAAAUCGGCAUCUUUGACAAGAUCCUGACGCGGAUGAAGCAGGACGAAUCGCUGGCGUCCGAGGGCAGCUCUUUUGCCAAGGAGCUGCGGCAGCUCAGCCGCGCCCUGUCGGCCUCGACGCGCCGCUCGCUCGUCCUGCUCGACGAGGUGGGCAAAGGCUGUCGUGCAGACGACGGUGCCGGCCUGUUCUGCGCGGCCAUCACCGAGUUUCUGUAUCGCCACGAAGCCUGCCCCAUCGUCCUCUCGGCCACGCACCACCUCCCGCACUGCGCGGCGCUCAGCGGCGUGCCGGCGCACGUCGUCGAGCGGGCGCGCGAGAUGAUCCGCGACGGCGCGGCCGCCGCGUGCCGGCUGCCGCCGGACGUCGAGGAGCGGCUGCGCGACGAAGAGGCCAUCGCGCGCGCGUUUGUCGAGCUCGAUCUCGAUGCGAUACGCGGUCGAAUGGCAUGGCGGGAUGUCGCUGCCGAGAUCGCACGGGCGCUCGAAGACACUUCGCUUCUCUGA